AUGUGGCUGGCUCCAAAAGCGCCGUGCUGGCACAGGGACACCGGCUACCUCGAUAGACGAUUAUUGUCAGUACUGGCUAGCAUCAUUGCACGUAUGGGUAAUAGCCAGCGGCAGAACACACCUUUACCGCCUUGGGUCCAUUCCACGCUGAAGUCCCUGGGGAAAAGCCUGGAUCCUUUAAUGACCAACUUGGUGGAGAGAAACAUGAAGUUGUUCUCAGAGAGGGUGGUGCCAGCCCAGGGGGAAGAAACCUUUGAAAACUGGCUGAUUCAAGUCAGUGGGAUCUUGCCAGAUUGGAAUUCCUCUGAGGAGGAAAAGCUCAAGCUUGAGGUCACGCUUUUACUCCAGGCAGCCAAACCCAACCUAGUGGCAGAUUUCUUGCGGGCCAUGAAACUGGUGUCUGGGGAGUCUAAUAAAAGCCGUGUGACUGCCCAUGGUAAAUUUUUUAACAAUCUGCAGGCGCAAGGGGAGAAAGCGCCCCUUUAUGUGAUCCAUUUAGAGGUGCAGCUUCGGAAUGCUAUUCAAGCAGGGAUCAUAUCUGAGAAAGAUGCAAACCAGACAUGCCUGCACCAGCUCCUUCUAGGGGCUGAGCUGAAAAUGGACCUGCGCUUCAGGCUUAAGGAUCUUCUUAGGAUGUAUGCAGAGAAAGAGGGACGUCUUCCCAAUUUCUUGGAGCUAAUCAGGAUGAUAAAGGCAGAAGAGGAUUGGGAUGACACUUUUGUUAAAAGGAAGCGGCCCAAAAGAUCUGAGCCAAUCCUGGAGAGGGCAGCCAGCCCUGUGGCAUUUCAGGGCACCCAGCCCAUAGCAAUUGGCAGUGCUAACUGCAACGUGAUAGAGAUAGAAGAUACCCUCCAUGACUCAGAUGAGGAUGUGAUCCCGGUGGAGCCUCAGGACCCUCCACUUGCAUCCACAGCUGCUCCUCCCUGAAGAUGCGGGGCCAGAUCUCAGGAUCAGGUGCUGGUCAAUGAUUUCCCCAACAAUUCCAGGGCCCAGUCUCCUUCCACCAGUGGUGGUUCUGGGCAUAAGGAUGAUGGUCCUGGGGAUAAGCAUAGAGCCAGGAAGCGAAAAUAUACAACCCACUGUUCAUACUGUAGCAAGGAGAACCAUACAAAAGAAACGUACAGUGAGAGCAACAGGGCUCAGGUGUUUGAGAAUCUGAUGGUCACCCUGCAGGAGCUGACACAUACAGAGGAGGAGCCCUCAAAAGAGUCCCCUGGAGAAGACAAUGAGCCCUCUAAGCCACAGUGA